GUGGAAGGAGCGGUUGUUGGGUCCAGUUUUGAAAACACACUUCUAUUCACAUGGCUUCUCCAGCACUUCAUCAUGUCUUCUACUUCCUAUAUAACCCUCAUGCCUUUGCUUCCAUUUUUUCUCAUCAGGUUUUCUUGUUUCUGCGAGGCUUAACAAACCUCGCAGAACAGAAGAAAACUCACGCUUUUGCUUCACAAAAAUUCUUCAUUUUGUUCUCUUUCUCAGUUUUUUCCAAUAUUGCAGGAACCCCUCUAUCUCAAGUUACUAAAAACCUUUAGUGCUUGUCAAAUAUUUGAUUUUUUGUUUGCGAGGUUUAAGAAAUGGAGGUACACUCUCCGGUUAUUGCCAAGAAGCUGUGGAAUGUGCUGAGGAUCACCUUCUUCAUGAUCAGAAAGGGUUUGGUGUCAAAGAGGAAGCUGAUUAUGGACAUGAACUUGAUGAUGAAAAAAGGGAAACUUCUCAGAAAAUCUAUGAGAAACUUCAUGUCAUCUCAUCAUAAUCAUCAUCAUUACUCAAAGAGUUUGGUACGUGGCUAUGGCAUACAGGAGUAUGAAUUCUCUUGCAGCAACAGUCCAAAUCCUGUUUUUUUCCAUGUGCCAAAGAGGAAGCACCAUUUCAACUUCCCUUGCAUCAACACCCCAGAUGUUGUUGAAGAACCUAAGCCUGUUAUGUUGGUGCCUAUGACACCUGAAUACACUUUCAACCUUAGGUUUGAUGCAUCUGAUCUUGCUCCUGGAGAGAGGAAGAGCCCCCUCCUCUCACCCUUCUCUGUGAGGAUAUCCAACUACUCAUCUGAGGAUGAGAAUGAAGAGGGUGCCAAUCAAGUUGAUGAUGAGGCUGAGGAUUUCAUCAGAAGGUUCUAUGAACAGCUUAGAAUGCAAAGCCGCAUGCAGUUGCUUCAGUACCAAGAGAUGUAAUUUGAAAGAAAAAGAAUAACUGUGUUGUUUCUCAACUUGAUGCUCACCAACAAGUUUAGCUUAGCCAAAUCUGGGAAUAUGUGAUUUCCUCUUGUUGAUCUUUCACCUGUCAUUGUUCUCCCCAGGGAAAUUUGGCUGUUCUGUUGGUGGUCCUUGAACUAUAUUUGAUCCUCUCUGUAAAGUUUUUGAGCAUUGGAUAUACUUUCAUCUCGUGAUUAUAUUACUAUUCAUGUUAUAAAAUUCAAUCUUCAUGUUUUCCUGGUAACAUGUAUUCAGCAUAUUCAUGGUGUGUGGUGUGUAAUAAAAAGAUAUGCAGAAGGUUGUUCUGUACCUUUCUCCAUUCUGCUUUGGUGUUACAUCAUUUGUAGGUGUGGUGGUGGACCUGGUGAUGGACCCUUUGGAAUAAUAUUGCUUUUUCCUUUCUUA